AUGAGGUUCAAGCGUUCAGAGAGGUCUGCAAAAGCAAUGGGUUCCACGGAGAAAAUGAAGCAACAGGAAGGAGAGUUUUUUAUAUCUAAGUGUCCAACAAAGCCAAUUAAAUUAGAAUCCACGUCUAAGGAGAUUUCAGAGGAAGUUUUCUCUACGCAACUUGAAUCGGCAUUACCUCGAAAGGGUCAAUGUUCUGAUACAUCUGAGGGUCGUACCUUGUUUAUCAGAAAUGUGCCUUUUGAUGCCGAUGAACAAAGUCUUUAUCAAUUUCUAGCCACAUUUGGCGAAUUAGAAUUCGUUAAAAUUGUCAAGGACAAAAUGACAAAUCAUUCUCGUGGUACAGCUUUCGCUAAAUUUGUUUUAAAAGAGGACGCAGAUAACGUCUUGAUAAAAUUCUCUAAGUCAUUUGGUGGGUCGGAAUUUAUGUUUGGAGGUCGAAAUUUGGAUUUGUCUCUAGCUGUAAGCAAGGAGGAAGUUGCUAAAUUGCAGAUGACAAGACGUGGUGAAGAUGAAUCGACUACUUCAGGAUUAGCUGGUCGAAACCUCCAUCUUGCUCGCAUCGGAUUGAUUAAGCCGGAUACCAAGGCAGCUGAAAUGUUGACUGCUCAAGAAAUGGCAAUGCGAGAAGCCCUAGCUCGUUCAAAGCAGUCUAAACUUCGAGAUCCCAAUAUCUUUAUCAGUCCUCUUCGUCUAUGUCUUCGUAAUAUUCCUCUCUCAAUUGAUGAUCGACAACUCCGUGCCGCUUGUCAGAAAGUCAGCGGAAAAGAUGCUCGAAUAACAGAGUGUCGUGUGAUGCGUGACUUAAAGAGUGGUGCCGUAAAUCCCAAAUCCCUUGGUUACGCAUUUGUAGCAUUUGAAGAACAUAAAGACGCCUUGAAGGCUUUACAAGUCAUCAAUAAUAAUGAAAAAAUUCUUGGAGGCAGCAGAGCGUCUUGA